AUGUCUUUCCUUCAUAAUCAUUCUUGCGAGUGCGUUAAGUCAGAAUUGGAUUUGUUUGCACUACUGUCUACACAAACUAGCAUUGAAAAUGGAUUGUGGAUUCAUUAUAAACCAAUUUCAUCUCUUGGUGAUGAUGGACCUAUCGAGUUUCAAGUUCCUGGGACCGGCGAUGACUACAUAGAUUUGUCUCAUACAUUACUCCACAUAAAGGCAAAAGUAUUAAAUCAAGAUUCAACUAACUUGGUAUCUACUACAAUAGUAGCACCUGUAAAUAAUUGGCUGCAUUCACUUUUUAGUCAACUUGAUGUUUAUUUAAACCAAAAACUUGUAUCACCACCUAAUAAUACCUAUGCAUAUCGAGCAUACAUGGAAACCCUUUUAAACUAUGCCCCUGCUGCUAAACAAUCUCAUCUUACUUGUAGUCUUUGGUAUGAGGAUACAGCAGGAAAAAUGUAUUCUACAGAUGGUAAAAACAUAGGAUUUGUUAAAAGACAGGAAUUGAUAAGUGAAAGUAAGGAAAUAGAAAUGAUUGGUCAUCUUCACGGUGACAUUUUUAACCAAGAUAAAUUUUUAAUUAAUGGUGUUGAAAUGAGUGUUAAAUUGGUUCGAUCAAGAGAGAGUUUUAAUUUAAUUGUUGGGUCAAACGAUGUAAAGUUUAAAGUUUGCAUUACGGACGCAACUCUUAUUGUUCGACGAGCACGAAUUAAUCCAAGUGUAUUACUCGCACAUCAAAAAGUUUUAGCUUCUACCACUGCUAAAUAUCCUAUUACUCGAGCUGAAGUAAAAGUUUUAACAAUUCCUUCGGGUGUUCAAGGAAAAACUCUUGAUAAUAUAUUUUUAGGACAGGUACCGAAAAGAUGUAUAAUUGGAUUUGUGAACAAUUCUGCAUUUAAUGGUUCCCUUACUAAAAAUCCAUUUAACUUUGAAAACUAUGGUAUUAAUUCUUUCAGCUUAUAUAUUGAUGGUCAACAAAUACCUUCAAAAGCUUUGCAACCAUUUUUUAAUAAUAGCAUAUUUACAUCAGCAUAUCAUACUCUAUUCUCGGGAACUGGUAUUCACUUUCUUAAUGAAGGAAAUGGUAUCUCUUGUGAACAGUAUGGCAAAGGUUACUGUCUAUUAGCAUUUGACUUAACUCCUGAUUUAUCAGCUAACUCAUCAACUCAUUGGAAUCUCAUAAAGCAUGGUAGUGUAAGAAUAGAAGUACGAUUUGAAUCCUCAUCAAUACAAACAAUUAACUGUAUAGUUUAUGCUGAGUUUGAUAAUAUUAUUGAGAUAGAUAAAAACAGAAAUGUUACUGUAGACUAUAGUAGUUAA